CAUAAUGAUGCCAAGCAAGCCAUGGAUUCGUUCCGUGUACGCCUAAACUGCAUCGAUUUCUAUCAAGCGCCCCCCACGCGACUUGAUCCCCUCCUCCGUGCCAAUGUCCAGCUCUCUCAGCUCCAGAAAGAGCCCAAGGUUCCGGUGAUUCGAGUUUUUGGUGCGACUGAGACAGGCCAGAAAGUAUGUGCGCAUGUUCAUGGCGCAUUUCCGUACCUCUACAUUGAGUACACCGGAAAACUGGUUCCAGAUGAGGGUAAGGACAUCAAUAAUCUAUGCAGUCCCCCUUCGUAUUGUUAACACGACGCCAGUUGGAGCUUACAUACACCGUCUUCAUCUCUCCAUCGACUAUGCCCUUGCCGUCAGCUACAGGCGAAAGCCCCAGGAUGAGAAGGCAAAAUUUGUCGCUCGGAUCACACUGGUCAAAGGCAUUCCAUUCUACGGUUUUCAUGUUGGUUACCAGCAUUAUUUGAAAAUCUACAUGCUGAAUCCCAAAUUCAUGACACGAUUAGCAGACCUGCUGAGGCAGGGUGUUAUUAUGAAAAAGGUUUUCCAGCCAUAUGAAGCUCAUCUUCAAUAUUUGCUGCAGUGGAUGGCAGAUUACAACUUGUAUGGGUGUGGCUAUAUUGAUUGCCGAAAAGUCACGUUUCGAAGUCCCAUACCCCAAUAUGAAGAUCUGAAAAAUCCCUCUCAUCUUUGGCAUGAUAGAUCGAUUCCAAAUGACUUUAUCACCCCGGAGCCUGAAUUUCCAAGAGUCAGUCACUGCUCCAUCGAGGUAGAUAUAUGCCUUCAAGAUAUCAUCAAUAGACAAGAAAUAAAGGCGCGUCCGCUUCAUCACGACUUCAUAGAACGGUUGAAUCCUAUAACUACUGGUGAAAAACUCGUUCACAGCAUGGCUGGGCUUUGGAGAGAAGAAACUCGUCGGCGAAAUGCCAAAAUGUCAAACGCAAGUCCAGGAAACAGUCCAUUCCCACCGGAAGUAAUGGUAUCUAUGUCCGCUGACCCGCGUAAUUCUCAACCCGGAGGCUGGGUCCAUGAAGAGGAAUAUCGAGAAUUGAUGGCUUCUCUUAUCAAAGAGGAAAAAGACAAAAGUGAUAGUGUCAAGGUAUAUUUUGACAAUUUUGUGAAAGUGGCGCCUUUCAGCUCUUCCAUUAAGUCGAGUCUAGAAUCUGUCGAAGACCUAUAUCCAGAGAAAUUGCGCCUGGCCUUGGGGUUGGCGCCUGUUGGGUACGAUCGAGACGAUAGGGAGGAUCAGACAGAAGUCGACGAGAAGCGGAUUUUGGAUUUUGAUGCUGAUAACGAUGAUGACUUUCCUUAUGAUUCCGAUGAAGAAGUUAUGGCGGAGAUCAUCUCUUCUCAGAGGAAGAAAGGGGACCGGGUUGAAGAGACACAUACAGAGGUGUUCGGGGAAUUGGGAGAACAGAAUCAAGAUCUCAAGAAAUCUGGCAAUUCAAACAAAAAUUGCGAAGAGUCUAGUGGAGGACCAUCUUAUAGGAGCAGUAGCAAUGGAUGCCCAGCUGUCAACAACGCCCGGGAUACUUUCGACAAUUCAUUAUGUUCCUACCGCGACUUCAAGCGGCCUGGGUCGCCUACCCAAAAAGACGACUUUCCUACAAAGCGCGCAAAAAUCUCGAUCGGCUUCGCGGAGUCUCCUACAACGAUAUCAUCGGACCUAUUUGAACGGGGUGCAAGCUUAAGGCUAUCUCUAGCAGAGCAAAAGGAGGAGCCAACAACAAGACUGUUACAAAAGAUCUCGAAGCCUACCCCCCGUACGAAAACAGCCAAGCUUCCUACUGUGAACGGGAUUGGCUUUAGGGCAGUUUCACUAAAUACAGCAUCAGCACACGAGCUUCCAAAAGGAGUUCAAGGCAAUCAAAAGAGCACAGUUCUACCACUGAGUUUUCCUGUCGUAAAAGACCCCCUUGAGCCGACCACCAUUUCGAGAUUGAGUCAGAAGAGCGGAUUUCAAUUAAGCCAACAAGUUCAAGGAAUGCCCUUUCCUAUUGAAAGUGUCGUGCCACCUUCCCAGAAAGAAACGUCACAUCUCAUGCCCGCUUCUCAGACAAAAUCCAUAGGGCAAAUACGCCAGAGAAACACCGCUACACAUCACAUAAAAGCAAACUUUGAAGCACAUUGUGGUACUUUUCUCAUUAUUGGAAACCCCCCUCCAGCUCGACAGUUUGUUGUAUCAACGAUACAGGAAUUCGCAUUACCUCAAGUCAUCUAUCAAGAUGCAUACUAUAGCAACGAGCAGGAUACCUCUGAUCGCCCGAGAGAGUGGGCUGGAAGAGAGUUCAAGCUCGAAAGCUUGACAGUCCCAUUUCUUCCACGAUUUGACCCAACUGGAACAUCCAUUGCAUAUUUCGGGGAUAGGCCACACAUUGUCCCAGAUCGUGUCAAUGAAGAAAGGACCUAUCAGCUGCAACGGCAAAAGUGCUACCUACGAAGUUGGGCUAUCGCUGAGCAACCGCCAUCCUAUCGAGAAGUUGUGGAGUGGGCUCGAGAGCAAGAAGGUGCCACACAGGUAGAAGCAGCGAAAAAAGUAUCUAAACGGCAAAACUUUGCUAGUGCUCAAGCUGUGAGAAAGCUUUCUCAGAUUGAAGGCCCAACACAGAAACACAAACAUGGGUUCAAUUUUAUGCAAAAGAAAAAGAUGACCAGUGUCAAGCACGAAUCACAAUAUAUGAGCACUAUGAGUCUCGAGAUACAUGUCAACACACGAGGCAACCUAGUUCCAAAUCCCGAGGAGGAUCAGAUCCAAUGCAUAUUCUGGUGCCUUCAGUCUGAGGAUCAAGAUCUUGAGAAUAAUUGUGCCACUGAAAAUUCAUACCUGGGAAUUGUAGCACUAUCUGAUGACGGAAACACAUCCCAGAAGAUAACCCGACAAAGUGGUAUAGAAGUGGUGGCUGAGGAUUCAGAGCUCGACCUUAUGAUACGAGUGGUUGAAAUCGUACGAAGUCAUGACCCAGAUAUCCUUACAGGCUAUGAAGUCCAUGGUGGAUCCUGGGGGUAUUUAAUUGGAAGAGCCCGUUUGAAGUAUGAGUAUAAUCUCUGCGAUGAGUUUUCGCGUACGAUAUCCCAAUCCUUUGGAAGAUUUGGGAAAGACAAUGAUAAAUGGGGCUUCAAUACUUCUUCGACGAUUCGAAUCACUGGAAGGCAUGUGAUCAAUAUCUGGCGAGCUAUGCGUGGAGAAUUAAAUCUACUUCAGUACACCAUCGAAAAUGUGGCAUUUCACGUAUUGCAUCGUCGAAUUCCUCAUUACACUUGGGCUGACCUGACAUCGUGGUACACCAAUCAAAAGCCCGGAAAUCUCGGAAAAAUCAUUAGCCAUUACAUCUCCAAAGUUCAGAUUGAUUUGGAAAUCCUGGAGCAAAAUGAGCUAAUUGAAAGGAACUGUGAACAAGCUCGAGUCCUCGGAGUUGAUUUUUUCUCUGUAUUUUCUCGAGGAUCUCAGUUCAAAGUGGAAUCGCUAAUGUUUCGAAUCGCAAAACCUGAAAACUUCAUGUUGGUAUCUCCUAGUCGGAAGCAGGUCGGCAGUCAAAAUGCUCUGGAAUGCUUGCCUUUGGUUAUGGAACCACAAAGUGCUUUUUAUAAUAGCCCUUUAAUGGUUUUGGAUUUUCAAAGCUUGUACCCAAGUGUUAUGAUUGCUUACAAUUACUGUUACUCAACCUUUUUGGGACGAAUAGUCAACUGGAGGGGAACGAAUAAAAUGGGAUUUACGGAAUACAAGAGGCAACAGCGCCUUUUAGAGCUUCUCAAGGAUUAUAUCAAUAUCGCACCAAAUGGUAUGAUGUAUGUCAAACCUGAAAUUCGUAAAUCUCUUCUAGCGAAAAUGCUGGGUGAGAUCUUGGAAACCCGAGUGAUGAUCAAAAGCGGAAUGCAAGCCGACAAAGAUGACAAGACAGUUCAGCGGUUACUCAAUAACAGACAACUUGCACUCAAACUCAUAGCCAACGUCACUUAUGGCUACACUUCUGCAUCCUUCUCUGGUCGUAUGCCUUGCUCUGAGAUCGCGGAUAGCAUCGUCCAAACAGGCCGAGAGACCCUCGAGAGAGCUAUUGCACUCAUACAUUCCGUUAAGCGCUGGGGGGCAGAGGUAGUCUACGGAGAUACAGACAGUCUCUUCGUCUAUUUAAAGGGCCGCACCAAAGACGAGGCCUUUGACAUUGGAGAAGAAAUAGCCAAGACAAUAACAGACAUGAACCCGCGACCUAUCAAACUCAAAUUCGAGAAAGUCUACCUUCCCUGUGUACUGCUCGCCAAAAAACGAUACGUAGGAUUCAAGUACGAGUACAGAAGUCAGAAAGAGCCCGACUUCGACGCAAAGGGCAUAGAAACUGUGCGCCGAGAUGGCACACCCGCAGAACAGAAGAUUGAAGAAAAGGCCUUGAAAAUUCUCUUCCGAACUGCAGAUCUGAGUCAAGUAAAGUCUUACUUUCAGAAACAAUGCGAGAAAAUUAUGAAAGGCUCAAUCUCCAUCCAAGACUUUUGUUUUGCGAAAGAAGUAAAACUGGGAACAUACAGCGAAAAAGGACCUCCUCCCCCGGGAGCGCUCAUCAGUACAAAACGAAUGUUGGAAGACGCUCGGGCGGAACCCCAAUAUGGAGAACGGGUCCCAUAUGUGGUUGUUACCGGUGUUCCAGGAGCCCGUCUCAUAGACCGCUGUGUUUCUCCAGAGGGGCUGCUGGAAAACGAGGGUGUAGAAUUGGAUGCUGAAUAUUACAUUUCACAAAACUUGAUACCGCCGCUGGAGAGGAUUUUCAACGUCGUGGGUGCAAACGUGAGGGGGUGGUAUGAUGAAAUGCCUAAAUUCCAACGGGUUAGGAGAAUUGAUCCAAGUGCUGUUCAAUCCAUUUCAAACCCCGCCAAUGCCAACAUAAAUGCGCUGGCAGCAGCAAACAAAAAGACUCUGGAAUCCUACUUAAAAUACACAUCCUGCAUCGUCUGCAAAUCACGUCUUCCUCUACCAUCACCUAUUCCGCUCACCAACAAUAGACCUCUUCUACCAAUUUGCCCAACAUGCCUCCAUCAAAUGCCACACAGUCUUCUUACCCUCCGCACUCGACUUAACGCGCAAGAAAGAAUGCACCAGGAUCUGGAACAGAUAUGCAGGAAUUGCGAGGGGAUUAGUAUGGCCGGUGAUGAGAUCAGGUGUCGGAGUUUCGACUGUCCUGUAUUUUAUACGAGGAGGAGAUUAAGGUCGAAAUUGGAGGUUGAGAGACAUGUUAUCGAGCCGGUCUUAGAGGGAUUAUAUCUAGAAUUUGGCGAGAGAGAUAGAGACUGUUGAAAAUUAAAAUUAGCAAAUCAGCUAAAUAUCUACCCUAAGCUAAGAUUAAACAUUAAGGUAUACCUACUCGAGUACCUACAAGUACGUAGGUACGGAGUACCUAGAAUGUGUUGAUUUUCACGUGACCUACUAGGUAGCGGGACCUCGGGAUCAGCCUUAUCUACAAUACCUACUCUCUUAGCCUUACUCUUAGCCUUUCCAGAA